GGCAUCUCCACUUCAACCGCAAACAAGAAACUCCAUUUAAACCUUGACUUCCCUCGCGGGUUUGUCUUUCGAGGAUAACGAAGAAACCCGACCCGAGAUUCACUCUUUCCUUCUACCGUUUUACACGAACGAGUUGAUAAUGGGUUUCUUUUCAUUCCUCGGACGAGUCCUCUUCGCUUCUCUCUUCAUUCUCUCCGCCUGGCAAAUGUAUAAUGAUUUUGGGGUCGAUGGUGGGCCUGCAGCUAAGGAGUUGAUACCCAAAAUUGCUGUUGCUAAGAAGCAUCUAUCCUCGACAUUAGGGUUUGGAAUACCUGAUAUAGAAGUUAGACAUAUAGUUACAACUACUAUAUUUCUAAAAGGAUUUGGAGGUAUUCUAUUUGUAAUUGGCAACACCUUUGGAGCUUUUCUCCUGCUUGUCUACUUGGUGCUUAUCACCCCACUUCUGUUUGAUUUCUUCAACUAUAGCCCCAAGGACCCUGAAUUCGUUCCUCUCUUGAAUGAAUUCUUGCAGAGCAUUGCACUUUUUGGUGCAUUGCUUUUCUUCAUGGGAAUGAAGAACUUAAUUCCAAGGAGGCAACUCAAGAAGAGGAUUCCCAAAGCAAAAACAGGGUAGGUAUACCAGAAAAGCUAUUGUCCACGGUCGGGAAUGACAUCGUUCUGUCAGGCAUGCCUAAAACUUGGGAUUUCCACUGAGAAUGCAGCAUCACAUACUAUUUUGUGGAGUUUUCCUUUUCUAGAGAUUGUUAUGCUGACAGUCCCUACUCACAGGGUAUAUUGUCAUUCUGGAAUGUGAAAUGGAUAGCAAUAUAUUUCAUUGUUUUUAGCACAAUUAGGAUUUCAUAUUGCUAUUUUAGCAGUCAUGGAUUGUAAACUGCCAUGCUUCUGCAUGUAGAUGAAGAUCUUGAAUAUUUUGUGGUGAAACUCUUGAAGUCCUUAAAGAUUUCUUUGUGUUUUUAAGGAGUCAUAAUCAUCCUUAGAAACUGAAGAUUAAGUUUACUUAUGGAGAUUCUCGG